GUGCGUCUUUGCCUCGAAGUGGGGGUCCGUGCUGGUUACUUCACAGUAGGAGGACAACUUUUCAUUUGUCCCGUGUCCUCCCUGCUGCUGGGUCCUGACAUCAACACGCAGGAUGGAGACGAGCCCCAUCCCGGUGGUGACUGUCCAAACCGCCCCCUUCGAGGACCAGCGGCCGGGUACCAACGGGCUGCGGAGGAAGACGGCCGUGUUCGAGGGGAAGAAGAACUACUUGCAGAACUACAUCCAGAGCGUCCUGUCCUCCAUGGAUCUGCGGGACCGGCAGGGCUGCACCAUGGUGGUGGGCAGCGACGGCCGCUACUUCAGCCGGGCUGCCAUCGAGGUGAUCGUUCAGAUGGCAGCUGCCAACGGGAUUGGUCGUCUGGUAAUCGGUCACAACGGCCUCCUGUCCACGCCUGCCGUGUCCUGCAUCAUCAGGAAGAUCAAGGCCAUUGGUGGGAUCAUCCUCACGGCAAGCCACAACCCCGGAGGCCCCGGUGGGGACUUUGGAAUCAAGUUUAAUGUGGCAAACGGAGGUCCGUCUCCAGAUACAGUGAUGGAGAGGAUCUCCCAGGUGAGCCGGACACUGGAGGAGUAUGCCAUCUGCCCUGAUCUGCAUAUUGAUCUCUCUAGGCCGGGGAGGCAAGAUUUUGAUCUUGAGAACAAAUUCAAACCUUUCAGAGUGGAGAUUGUUGACUCAGUUGAAGUCUAUCUACAACUGCUUCGAAACAUCUUUGACUUUUCCGCCAUUAAAAGUCUCCUCACCGGACCGGAUCAGCCGAAGAUACACAUAGAUGCCAUGAAUGGAGUGAUGGGCCCGUAUGUGCGCAGGAUCCUGUGUGAUGAGUUGGGGGCUCCUGCUAACUCUGCAGUCAACUGUGUACCACUGGAGGACUUUGGUGGUCGACCUCCUGAGCCCAACCUGACCUAUGCAACCUCACUGGUUGACGCUAUGAAAGGAGGCGAGUUUGGAUUUGGAGCUGCAUUUGAUGCAGAUGGGGACCGUUACAUGAUCCUUGGAGAAAAUGGCUUCUUUGUGAACCCGUCAGACUCGGUGGCCGUCAUUGCUGCUAACCUCUCCACCAUCCCGUACUUCAGACAGCAUGGCAUCAGAGGCUUUGCUAGGAGUAUGGCCACCAGUGCUGCCCUCGACAGGGUAGCCAAAGCCAUGAAACUGGCAUUGUAUGAGACACCGACGGGUUGGAGGUACUUCGGGAACCUGAUGGAUUCUGGGCGUUGCUCUCUCUGCGGGGAGGAAAGCUUUGGAACAGGUUCAGACCACAUUCGAGAGAAAGAUGGCUUGUGGUCAGUGUUGGCAUGGCUGUCCAUCAUGGCGGCCAGAAAACAAGGCGUGGAGCAGAUUGUCAGAGAGCACUGGGCCCGAUUUGGACGCAACUACUUCUGCAGGUUUGACUACGAAGGCCUGGACCCACGUGCAGCCUUCCACCUGAUGAGGGACCUGGAAGGUGUAAUCUCAGACAAAGCGUUCAUCAGUCAGAAGUUUGCUGUGGGCGACCACAUCUACAGCGUGGAGAAGGCUGAGAACUUUGAGUACAUUGACCCGGUGGAUGGAACAGUGGCUCGAAACCAGGGUUUAAAGAUUGUCUUCACUGAUGCGUCCCGUCUUGUGUUUCGGAUGAGUGGGAGUGGUGGAGGGACGGGUGCCACCAUACGCAUUUACGCUGAAAGCUUUGAAAAGGACCCAGAGAGACACAGCAGAGAGACUCAGGUGGUGCUGGGUCCUCUCAUCGCCAUCGCCCUGAAGAUCUCAAACAUUCAUGAGAGGACGGGGCGGCGUGGUCCGAAUGUCAUCACAUGAGCCAGCAGGGAGACACACAAACACACACACAUUCACAAACAAAAUAUGCAUCUACCUGCUUACACUGAUAAACCCCUGUUCAAAUUAUUCUCUCUUGAGCUUAUCUGCCAUCCCUGUGGCUUCAGCCUGGUUUUACACUUUCCUUUUUUUUUUUAAACAAGCUGAGAUGUGUUUUGCUUGGGUUUGCUUGGGUCCACUCAUUUCUGUUCACUGCUAUGAAAAAUUAAAAUAAAAAUUACCAUGAGUAGAAGAAAAAUGUGUAAACAAUAAACACAAAUGUGCAGACAGAAUAUUAGUGUUUGUAGCUUGCUUUAAUCAAUGAAGGGAUUCAAAUAACAGUGCAGUAAUCACUUCAUGUUAGUUUAGUUAGUUUUCCAUCCCAAUCGGUUUUAAUCGUUUCAUUCAUACACACAAUGAUCCUCACAC